CGGCCGCGCUGUUUGGAUUCAAACUCUCUCCAAAGCGAUCCCGGCAGGCUCGGAGCCGCGCUCCGGCCAUGGCCAACGCGUCGCAGUGUCUGGAGGAGGGCUCGGGGCGCUGGCCGCCGCCGGCCGGGCCGUACAGCGAGGCGCAGCGGCUGGCGCUGGAGGAGCUGGUGGCGGGCGGCCCCGAGGCGCUGCGCGCUUUCCUGCGGCGGGAGCAGCUGGCGCCCUUCCUGUCGGAGCCCGAGGUGCAGGACAUCGCUCGGGCCGCGCUGCCGCCCGCCGCGGGCCCGGAGCCGGCGGCCGAGCCCUCGGCCGGAGCCUCGCUGGACGCCUCGUCGCUCACCUACUUCCCCGAGCGCUCGGACCUGGAGCCGCCCGCGCUGGAGCUGGGCUGGCCGGGCUUCGCCAGCGGCGCCUUCCGCGGGCUGACGCGGGUGGAGGCGCAUUUCCAGCCGGGCUGCGGGGACAGCAUCUACGGCUGCAAGGAGGCGGUGCGGCGCCAGAUCCGCUCCGCCCGACAGGUGAUUGCCCUUGUGAUGGAUUCCUUCACAGACAUUGAGAUCUUCAGUGACCUUCAGGAUGCCUAUAACAACCGCCAAGUCCCUGUCUACAUCCUUCUUGACCAGGACUUUGUACCCCAUUUCUUGGAAAUGUGCAGCAAUUUGGGAGUUUGUCCUGAGCAGGAAAGUAUGAUGAGAGUUCGAAGUCUCACAGGGAGCACGUACUACAUGAGGUCAGGUGCCAAAAUUGUUGGGAAAGCCAAGGAGAAGUUCAUGUUAAUUGAUGGCAUUAGAGUGGCAACAGGCUCCUACAGUUUCACAUGGUCUGAUGGAAAGCUGAACAGCAGCAACUUGCUGGUGUUGUCAGGUCAAGUGGUUGAACACUUUGACCUCCAGUUCAGGAUUCUUUAUGCUCAGUCACUGCCCAUCAGCCCAAAGCGACCGUCCAGCUGCAGGAACAGUGGCAUGUUUGAUCACCUGCUGACCAGAACAGAAUCCUCCAAAGAAUAUACUGUGGAAGGCAACUUGAGAGCAGAAUUUGCUAGACUGUCUAGCACUCCAAAGAAAUUGCUGGAAAAAACAGAUCAAACUGAAUAUACUCCUGCAGGGAAGCUUUGCAACCUGGGGCAUUCUUGCCUAUGUGAAGAGGAGUUGUUCAGCAAUCAAGUGGCCACAGUAGAACAGAGAAGUGCAUCAACUCAAACUGGCCCAUGGGAAGAGAUGGCAGCAGUGACCAGAUGCAAUGCAGCCACUCAGGCCAGCACUGCCACAGCAGACACGAGCACUCAGGCUUCUGUCACAGCCAGAGUGACAGGCACGCAGACAUCCAUUUUGCUGAAGACUGCAGUGACACAAACAAAGGAAGAGGAGGGCACAGAAACACCCCUCCUUCCCAGAAGGUUGUCAAAAGAAGAGUAUUUUCUGUCUGCAAAGGCAGUAUCCAGUUCUAGUCUGCAAUCAUUGUCUUCAUCAUCAUCCCAGCGCUCUCUUGCAAGCUCUACAGGCUCAAUAUCCUCUCUCCGCUCCUUUGAAUAUUCCAGUAGUCACAGGGCACAGUAUUUCCAAAAACUGCACAAAGAGAGGCAGUUCCACUACUCGACCAUCAGGUCGAAGCUGAGCCACAUGGUGGCCAUCCUGUCCCGGCGGGGCCGUGUCCCUGCCACCUACCUGAGCCAGUUCCCUGCCAGGAGCAGCCUGAAGCAGAGGCGCGACAUCAGCGCCAGCCUGUGCAGCCUGCGCGAUGCCUCGCUCUUUUCCCUCAAUAAAUGAUUCCUGCCCUGACCACACAUCACACAAACCCCAGGCUCAAGUUGCUGUCACUUUGUACCUAAAGAUUCUUCCACUGCCGUCCAGCACUUUUAUUUCUUUAAUACUUUUUUAAUACACCACUCUCCAGCACUUUGUUUUAUACUAUGCAAUGUAAGUGAUGAAAAAGAGACAUUAUAUAGUAACAACUUAAAGGUUCCUCUUGUAUGCAUUAGUGGUGAAGAUCAUUUUAAUUCUGGGUAUUUAACCUCAAAACUGAACUUGUUACUAUUUUCCAGGAUUGCUAAUGCCCUAGUUUUAAUUUAUAUAAACUUGGAAAUUCUGAGUCACACUGAACUUGCUCAGAGUAGCUUUGGAGAUCUAUCUUAUAUCAAGGAAUUCUCAGUCUUUUUUUCCAAUAUUGGCUUUUAUUUCUACUUUAUCUUUGACAGGAGAGGAAUCAGCUUUUACAAAGAGCCAUAAAGCUGAUUUUAUUCUAACUUCUGGGAUAUAUUUGUUACUCUUCCACUAAACUUGCAAAGAGUGUUGAAACAGUUGCAGGUUGUCUUCAACUGUAUUAUUUUUCCUUUGUUUAAGCCUUCUGAAACAGAAUGAGCUAACUAGCUCAUUCUGUUUCAGAUCAUGCUCCUGUGCCUUUGUUUAGAGAUACAUAAAUAUAUAUGAAUGUGUAUGUGUGUGCUUCCUUCUUUGCAGUGAACUCCAAGGCGAGACAAUCACUGAGGGCAUGUGACAAAGCCCCUGUUCAAAAGUAAACUGACAAAUGCACUACGGAAUGUUAUGGGUUAUGUCGGCAAUGUUAAUUUACAAGUAACUGUACGAGUUAAAUAAACAUUUUUCUCUUUUUAACUUUGCUGUCUGAAAUACUCUUUCCUGCUCUAUCAUUUUUCCACUACUAACUUGGUUUGAGGAGCUAAAGUGCCACUCUAGUUUUUCAAGAUACUUCCAAUAUUGAGUGGACCUGAGGUUUGGUUGCUUUGCAAAGCCUUUAUCUGACUGUUUGCAGAUUUCUGUGCAUGUCUGUGCUUGCUGGGUCUCUUACCUGAGCAGUGUGUGCAGUCUCCCUGAUAUCUGGCCUGUACUGUUUUUCUUUAGACCUGCAUCUCAGUACUUCAGUGAUCAACCACACUGAAUUCUGCCAAAUCAAAUCAGAGUCUGGGUUAUGUAUUUUUUUUAUUCAGGAGCAUGUUUGUCCGGUAGAUGGCACAUUUCAGCUGUUGGCUUGAAUAUUGAAUGAAUGAAUGAAUGAAUAAAAAUAUCCAUAACUCAAAAAGGCUCCAAGUGUUGAGAGUAACUAACUUUGGCAUUUCUGUCUGAAAUCUCUAUGGACGAGGCUUAGCUACUUUUAUUGCUUGGAUUUCUAAGCAGACACUCCUUCGCUAAAGCUGGAGGUGGGGAAAAAUAUUCUGUCUGCACUUGUUCAAAAUGAUAAGGUACUUUAUUGCUUGAUUUGUGGAUCUGGAACACUGGCAGCAAACCAAGUUGCAGGGAGGGAGCCAAGAUUACAUCUUCAAAGCCAAUAUCGAGUUGUAUUUUCAAAAGCUCAAGUCCUGCAGUUCUUGAAUGUAUGUAAAAUUACCUUGUUUGUUCUAUGUGCUUUUUAACUUUAUUAUACCGGGCUGCUGUUAAGGUACUCUAACAGGAACAAGAAACAGUUUACAAAUAAACUCCUUUUUGCCAUGGGGCUUUCACCUGA